UUAAAACCCAAAUUUGAGUUACAACGGAAUAACUCUUUUUCAGAAUGUUCCACCUUUUGACAAUAUGAGUAAGAUCUUACUCAAUGUUGAGUAGGUUUUUUAGACGUGUAUGUUGCGCGACAACCUGAAAUCAUCUAUCCGUUUUUAGGUUCAGUUCUGCUGCAUUUUGUGAGAUUCCGGUACUGUUGCAAUUUUGGAUUGUUUUCUUUAUGAUUCUGGUAUUAGGUACGCAUUAUUUGAGGCUGCAAUUAAAUUUCCAUUUGUGAUAUUGCGAUGGUUAACAAGUGACAACUAGCAUAUUACAACAAAUACUACUGAGAAAGUCUACAUGUGAAUAUCACGCGCACUGAUUCGGUAGUUGAACAUGAGAUAUAUUUUCGCUAUACAGAAAGUGCAAACUCGACAAAAAUAACUAAGUAAAUAUUUUAAAUCAGUGGUGCUCUCAUGCGGAUGGUUAGACGCGCGCUUUCGACUUUGUUGUCACUCAUCCGCAAAUAAUUAAUACAGUGAAGAAACCCAAAACAAUUUCCUGUAUUGAUAUUAUUUAUCUCCCCUAUAUACUUAUCAGAAGCGAUCAUAUUGCUUUGAGUUGCUUUCCAGUGAGGCACUGACAAGAUGAGCGAGUGGGAAGACAACGAGAAUGGAAAAGGUUUCGGUCAGAUGAGUUACGGCGAUGCCAACAACAGCCGUCAGGACAGUGGGUAUUGUGAAGAUAGACGGGAUGGUCGAGGUCGUGGAUUUCGAGGUACGCGAAGUGGUCGCGGAGGAAUGGCGGGACGCGAUCAUGAAAACAGUUUUAAAAGUUAUAGGAAUCAUGAUGAAACCAACUAUCACGAAAACGGUCAUGAUCGAUCUGGUUUUCCAGGGGGUCGAGGAGGGCGAGGUAAUCGUGGAGGAGGUCGUGGUAAUUUUAGAUCUGAGGAGAAUGGAGUACUCAAUCGCAAAAGUGGGUUUUAUUCCCGCGAUAAAGAGAACGGAAGUAAUGAUCAGGUAAAAACGGAUAAACCACGGGAACUAUACAUUCCACCAGCCCCUACCAAUGACGAGAAGGAAAUUUUUGGGUCAGGAAUAAGCUCUGGAAUCAACUUUGACAAAUUUGACGAAAUAAAAGUUAACGUCACUGGAGAAAAUCCGCCGAACUCUAUCAUAUCAUUUAAUGAUUCUGGAUUGCGGGAUUAUUUAUUGAAAAAUGUGCGCAAAUCAAACUAUAUAAAACCUACGCCAAUCCAGAAGUAUGCUAUUCCAAUAAUAAUGGACGCCCGUGAUUUGAUGGCAUGUGCUCAAACUGGUUCAGGAAAAACGGCUGCUUUCUUAUUGCCUAUCAUAAAUACUCUUCUAAAUUAUGCCGCAGAUGUCAAGACAGGGAGCCCUCAAGUGAUCAUUAUUGUACCAACGCGUGAGUUGGCGUUGCAGAUUUUCCAAGAAGCUCGAAAAUUUGCGCUUGGCACUAUUCUAAAAACAUGCAUUGCAUAUGGAGGAACCGCAACUCGACACCAACUCGACAAUAUACACAAUGGUUGCCACAUACUGGUGGCCACACCCGGUCGUUUGAUGGAUUUCGUUGACAAACAGGCUAUAAGCUUUAAACGGAUCAAAUUCGUUGUGUUGGAUGAAGCGGAUCGUAUGUUGGACAUGGGUUUCAUGCCAGCGGUAGAAAAAAUGAUGAAUCACGAAACAAUGCCUUCGAAAGAAUCUCGUCAGACGUUGAUGUUUUCUGCUACCUUCCCGGGUGAAAUUCAGGAACUGGCCGGACAGUUCUUACACAAUUAUAUUUUUGUUGCUGUCGGAAUCGUGGGCGGUGCUAGUACAGAUGUUGAACAGACGAUUCACCAAGUUACAAAAUUCCAGAAACGUAAAAAACUACAGGAGAUUCUGGAGAUGGCUGAUCCGAAGGGAACAUUAGUGUUUGUCGAAACAAAAAGAAAUGCAGACUAUCUGGCUUCACUAUUAUCAGAAACAACUUUUCCAACCACGUCCAUACAUGGGGACCGGUUGCAGCGAGAACGAGAAGAUGCCCUACGUGAUUUUAAAUCAGGGGACAUGUAUAUUUUAAUUGCUACGUCUGUGGCUGCUCGUGGGUUGGACAUCAAAAAUGUUUCGCAUGUUAUAAACUAUGAUUUACCAAAAAGCAUUGACGAUUAUGUUCAUCGUAUUGGCCGAACGGGACGUGUUGGCAAUAAGGGUAAAGCAACUAGUUUUUAUGACCCAGAAAGCGAUUCGGGCAUCGCAACCGGACUAAAAAAAAUUCUCACUCAAGCUGGGCAAGAAGUGCCCGAUUUCCUACAGGGCGUUUCAGGCGGAAGUUCAUUCAGUGGAGCAAGUCAAUUCGGUGGAAAGGAUAUUCGCGCUAGAAAUACAGAAGGCUCGCGUGUGAACGCUUUGCCAAACCAACUGGAGCCGGAGGAAAGUUGGGGAUAAACUUAACGUUGCAGCCAGAUUGGCUGGAUAAAUAUUAUUUCGAAAUAUUUACGCCGAAUGUUUUGAGUUUAUAAUAUAUUCUUUCAGAGAAUGUAAUGCAUGUUUUCGUUAUAAACGCUGA